AUUUUAAGCAUUGCAUGCGUGACGUGAGUAGACGUAACGAUUGAAUGACAGUUUUAAGAUUUAAAAAAAUAUUAUAUUGUUAAUACAUAUUGUAAAAGACAAAAAAAUAUUUUUACAUUUUUUAUUUUUAAUACGAUGCAACUAACCAAGUUUAUGUUAAAACUAAGUGAAUAAUAAAAAUUCAGGACAAUCAGUGACAGACACGUUUGUUUAUUGCUUGGUUAACAUCCGCCAUUUUGUACUGUCGUUUGUUUAGUGACUGGAGCAGUCUCUAUCAAAGUGAUGCUAUAUAAUUUCUCUGGAAACGUAUAUUGUGACUUUUCAAGUGGUGUACAAUGUUUUUGCUAGAAACGUUGUUUUCAAGGGUUAGAAAUUAAAUUGUGUGACUUGUCAAUCUGACGUCGGUAUAAUCAUCUACCUAUGUGCCGGAUGUGUCCUACAAUCGGUUAGGGCGAUUUUACGUGCCACCUUGAGUGGUGUACGUGUCCUGAUACCUAUGCUGCUGCCGAGAAUAUGAGUAGCAACGGAAAUCAGGUGCCGUUGGCGCCGAACCAGCGCGGGCCCGGACAAUAUCCACGGGCGUCAACACCACAUAGACCGGUGGAUUGUUAUCACCCGGCAGGCGCGACAGCGGCACCAUACUUGCCGAGCGGGGCGGGGGGAGCGCAGUCCUCAGGCCAGGCGGCGCUUCGAGUGCAACAAAACCCGCAGCCUUCAGCGCCGCCCGCACCUCAACAGGACAUGUCUAAGACAACAAUGGCCCAUAAUUUCGUGGCUCAACAAAACCAGACACCACAGACUAGGCCACAGUACAACUUCCAGUACAGAACGGCACAACAUGGAACAAGACCGACGACACAUCCGCGGCAACAGCAGCCCUUCAUACCCGGCGCAACAGCCGCCGCCACAGGCCCCGUCAUGUACAGUGCAUGCGUGCCUCCACUAGUGUUCCAAUCUCACAUGGGCAUGCAGACGUACCAACAACCACGAUCAGGAAAUCCAGGAUUUUAUCCAUAUAGCAUGGCACCCUAUAUGAGUUAUAGCAAUCCUCCGAGUCACACUCCACCCUAUUAUUUUACGUCCAAUAGUCAGCCGCUGCCGACUCCAAACUUGCAGCCUAACGCGCCCGGCGGCAGAAAUAAUCAAAACGCACCACUUGUGGGUCCUCAGGGUACCUCUGCCACGGCCUCAGCUCCCAAUUCCACAAUUCCACACCCCCAAGCUCCAGCACAUAUUCACGCGAUGUCAGGUAUACGACCAAUAAUGCAAAAGCGAAGCCAUAGACUGGCUAUUAUAAAUCCACUUACAAAGCAAGAUAUAUUUUCGGAAAUAAAUUCUAGUGAAAAUCAAUUUCCAAGUGGUGAUUCCAGCGGUAGACAAACACCACAAUCCGAACAGCCGACACAUAGUGCCGCCGAAGAAUUUUCUAGAAGAGUGAAUGAGGUUAUAAACCAGCCGAGUCCGGCAGAGAUUGCUGCUAAAGCGGCGGCUGCGGCGGCGGCGACAGCGGCGGCAGCGAAGACCGCUGAGUUGCCUAUUACAACUCCCUCUAGUUCCCAACCGUCGACUAGUGCUAUAUGUAUUAGUAAACCUGAGACUAUACACAUUAGUGAAAAUAAACAUUUAGGACCUGAUGUUGCUGCAGAACCGAACGAAACUCCCGUCGUAUCAGCAAUAUCUGAUAGUCCUGUUAUAGUGCCUAAAAUGCCGAAUAAUAAGCAACUCCAAAAAAAUAGUGACCAGAUAUUAGUAAUAGAAACUACUACUAGUAAGAUUCAGCCUAGUAAGCAACAUAAACAAAGCAAAAGCAAACCACUUGUGCCUGAUGAUAUAGAGAGAGAGGUUGCGGAGACUAUAAGUGUGGAGACGAGUCAGAUAACGGCUGCAGCGAGUAUAGCAGCGCCGCCCGCGCCUUCCUCGAUUACUCCGUCCUCAGCCUCUAUCCCCUCCCUCGCCGGGUUGCCGAGGCAGACGCCUCCCUCUUUCACGUCUCAACACACGCCGGCUCCACAGCCCCAACGAGUCCGAGAACACAGAUCCAGACUCAAGUCCGAAGAAAAGGAAAAAGCCAAGGAGAAAGAAACGCAGCAUGAAAUUGAAACUGUGUCUUCAAUUAAAGCCAACGGCCCCACAGGUGUUGUGAUUAGUUCAGUUGAUAGUUUACAAGAAGUUAUCAAUCCUCCAACUAGUCAAACAAAUCAAACAAUAGGACCUGUAACAAAGAAACAAACUGUAACCAAAUUACCAUCUGCUCCUGAGACUGAUGUGUCUUGCGUGGAAGCAAAGGUGGAACAAGUAAAUAAAGGAGUGGUAGCACCAUCGGAAGCACCUGCUCCAACUGCUACAGAACUGCUUUCUGCAAGCAUUGAGAAGCUUGCUAAAGAACUGCCCCUAAGCCAAGAAAUAAAAGAUAACAAAGAAGCAUCCAGUGCAAUACAAGCUCAAGCCAAAUUAACCCAGAGUAUAGCCAGCUGUAUUCGCAUUAAUCAACCUGACUCUAAGAUGAAAGAUAUUAAUCUAAAUAAUAAAUCUACUGAUCCAGAUACUGCCAAUGGAAACACCACUGAAGUAACUAAAACGGAAACAAAAGAAGAUAUAAAUAAAAAUGAAAAAGCUGUGAAGAAUUCUAAGAAUAAUAAUAAAAAAUCCAACAAAAUGGCUACACAAGAUGUAGCUGAAUCAGAAUCAUGUGAAAAUGGUAAAGAUGAGACUGAUAAAUUAAGUAAUGUAGAUCAAGAUAAACCUAUUGACAAAGAAGAGGUAGCAGAGAAGCCUGCUGCUCUGGAGACUAUUGAGAGCCCACAGGCCCCGCCCGUGUUUGUCCCCAAAUACAAAUAUUCCGAUGAUCAAUGGUCGCCUCUCAAUAAAACUGGCAAGAAGUGCUAUGAUAUUGGUCUACUGAAGCAGAUAAAAGAUGACCCUAUGUCCAAGAAUAAACCCAAUGUACCAUUAUUAGAGGCCUGCAAUAUAAUGAGGGCUGUACCAAUACAGGAUCCUCUUCCUUUCUCUACAAUAUCAAGGCCAAUGAAUGAUUCUCUGUUCCCGACAUUUGCCAAACCCUCUGGUAUGGGAUCGAGAAGUAACACUCAACGGGAUACUAAAAAGGAUGGUAGAAAUAUGGCUAUGGGAGGAGGAAAAGGUAGUGUAAAACUAAACUCGAGUCAAGGUGGAAACAGUGGCCAGCGCUCUAUUCAUUUUGUGACCCUAUCACGUGAAGAAGUAAAAUUAAAUGAAGUUGAUUCAGCAUGGAAGCCCUCUAGGUUUAGGAAAGAGACCCUAUCUGAAGAAGAAUGUAAAACACAGGAAUUAUACAAAAAAUUCAGAGGAAUCUUGAAUAAGUUGACACCACAAAAAUUCGACACUUUACUUGACAAAGUAAAGACUCUCGAAAUAAAUAACCAAAACAGACUGGAAGGUGUGAUUGAUCUGGUGUUUGAAAAAGCUAUUGAUGAACCCAAUUUCUCAGAAGCCUAUGCUGCUAUGUGUAAUAAAUUAUCUACACUGAAGGUGCCAGCCCAUAAUGCCAGUUCUCCAGAGCAAUGUGUCAAUUUCAGAGGGCUUAUAAUUAGCAGAUGUCAGGCUCAGUUUGAAGCCGAAAAGGUAGAUGAGCAAAUACUUAAAUUAGAAAAGGAGGUUUCUGAAUGUACAGACCCUGCCAAAAAGAAGGAGCUUCAACUAAUGUUAGUAGAAGAAUAUAGACGAGUCAGGAUGCGGUCAGUUGGAAAUGUUAGAUUUAUAGGUGAACUUUACAAAUUGAAAAUGCUCACGGCCAAAAUCAUGGUUUACUGCAUGAAUCAUUUGAUUGAUAAACUGGAGGAGGAGAAAUUGGAGUGCUUGUGCAAAUUGCUCACCACUAUCGGCGAGCAAGUCGAAAGUGAAGUAAAAGAUCAACUUGAUAAUGUAUUCAAGAAAAUGCAGGACAUAAUUUCAGAUAGGAAAAAUAAUAAAAUAUCCAGCCGCGUAAGGUUUAUGAUUCAAGACGUAAUUGAAUUGAGAAGAAGAAAGUGGGUCAUCAAGAGUGUAGUAGACUCACAGCCUAAGAUGAUGGAUCAGAUCCAAAAGGAAGCUGAACAACAGCAGAGGCACAUUGAGAUGAUGAAUGCGGUACCUAUGGGAGGUGGCGGUGGAUUCCGUCGCGAUGAAGGCGGCCGUGGCAAACGCGGUGACCGCAGACAAAACGCUAACUCCUUCCAAAUGGAUACCAACAUGUGGAAAUCUAACUCACGCUACACUGUAGAUACUUCUAAAUUGAUGAAGGCUGCACCACAAAAGAAUUUAAGCAGCAUUAAAUUGGCACCGCCUAGUUGGAAUCAUGGGGCCUCAGCUAAGCCCCAGGCUCAAGCCACAAGCAGCUCAAUGAUUGGGAUGAAGAACAUGUACAGCGUUUUAGAAAAUGUACAAACUGAUCCUACUUCUCUAAGAGAGAGUAAAGACUUGCCACUAAGCUACCAUAGCAAAGGUGCUUCUAUUGAAAGGUCUACAUUCAACUCCAGAGGAGACUUCAACAGCGGCAGUGGUAGCCGUUCGGGAUCCGUCGGCGUAGCCCGAUCUAACUCGGGAAGCCGAAGCACUAGCGCGGCGCCACCCACUCCGCCGGUGGUAGCUGAAGUAGCCGCUCAACCAGCAGUCGUCCCACAGGAACCCUUACCCGAUCCCAAGAAGAAGUCGGUCCAUUCAAUGAUUCAACUCUCCCUCAUCAACCCUGAUGAGGAUGAAUUAGUAGCCGAAAUAAAGCAUCUAUUCGAACCUCAGUUCCAUGCUGCCGUUGUCACUGAGAUAUUCAAUGUUGCUUUGGAAAAAUCGGCAAAAGAUAUUACUACAAUAGCUAAGUCCCUGCUGUAUGCAGUGUCGGCUAAAGCCAUUUCUCCAGAUAAUUUCAUAGCGGGAGCUACAGAAAUAUUUGAAUUUGCACCUGAUCUUUACAUUGAUAUUCCAAUGCUUUACGAAUAUUUUGCAAAGUUUAUUGCACCACUAAUAGAAAAGAAGCAUAUCACAUUUUUACAAGUUUUCAAAAUUUCAAAAACCAUAAUUACUGAAAAACACGGCCAUUUAUUGCUCAAAGCAAUAAUCAAGGAGUUGAAAGACAGCAUGGGACCAACAUUCGUGAAGAGUAAAUGGCAGGAGUCUGGGCUAAAGUUGAGGCAAUGGAUGAAUGAAGAAGAUGUGGCUACUUGGUUAAAAGAUAAUAAAUUUGAAUUUCUAGAAGGUAGUGUAGCACCCAAUGACGAAACGAAAGUUAUUCUGUCGCCAGCUGACACUCAGAAAAAACUGUUGCAAAUAAUGAAUGCAGACGAAACUUGUGAUUGUAUAAAGGGAUGGGUACAGGAUAAUCUUGGUAAGGCUUCAAAUGAAGACUGGUUCAUGCGGGGCUUAAUCCAAGCGAUAUGCGAACAUGCGUUAUUUGGUGCAGAAGGUCGCGACGUAACGCACUUCAAUCAGGACCGUAUGAAUAAAUACAUAGGACUUAUUAAUGAUUUUGGAGAAUCGAAACAAGCAAGAGAAGCAAGCUGUUUGUUUGGCAUUCAGCAACUAAUACAUAGGCUAGAACACCCUCAAGGGUUAACUUUACAAAUUUUUGCUUAUUUACAUGAACAAUACAUAAUAUCGGUAGAAGGAUUUAUUGCUUGGGAGGAAUCAGACAAGGAACCGGAAGGCAAAGGUGUGAUGUUGAAGGCGCUGACGUCGUUCUUCACGAACCUGAAGGAGGCGGACAACGAGGACUCGUGCAGCGAGGACUGACGCGGGCCUCCCGUCGCCGCGGCUCUGUUCCCGCCGGCGCCGUCCGACCCGACCGCUUUCAACGUCUUCUAUAUUUUUAUAUAUUAAAAUCAUCCCCACGCGGAAGUCGAUAGAUUUAUAUUAUUAUUAUCGUAAUGCUUAACCUAACAGAAGCUAGAGAAAAGUUGUAUAAUAUUUUUUAAAACCGAUAGUUUUUAUCGAAAAACUAAAUUAAAUUUUGCUUCAAUGAAAUAUUUACGUCACUCCGUUUUGAUUGUUUUUGAAAUGCUCGUUCAUUGUGUGAACCUGAACAUUGACUAUUAUUGUUUUCUGUGUAGUUUCGACAAAGUUCUGCCGGGUACAGACUGGUAAAAUAUAACAUGCAUUGAAAGAACUCGUCGUCCACAUUGCUCCAAUGUAUCGUGUAAAGAGUUACACAAUUUGUAACAGAUACUUAGUCUGUGGGCGCUACGAGUACUUCAUUCGUGUGUGAUCCCCGAUUUGUCGUGUUUUCGAUUUGCAUAUGUUGGAACUCAAAAACUUGACAUAAAAAUGAGAUUUUCAAAUUAUAAAUGUAAUAACGAAAUUUAUAAUUAUGAAAGUAAUAAUUAUUAAAUUAAGUUAUUGAAUAAAUCAUUAUUUAAAAAUUAAUAAUAAUACUAUGAUUAUUAAUAAUUCAUUUUACGCAGCAAAUUUGACAAAUUAUGCAAAUAUGACGUAGCAAUUUGCAUUGAUAAGCAAUGAGCUGGGCCGAUUAAUAAAAAUCUUUUUCAAUGUUUAAUUUGUUUAACGAAAACAUGGUUUGAUUAUUUAUGACAUUUGCUAUUGGACUUUCCCACACUAAAUGACAUGAAAAUGUAUAAAAAUGUUUUAUUAUUAUUUAAUUUAAUGAAAAUCUUUAUAAUUCUAAAAUUUACUAAACUAUUUUUAGAAGCCCUGGUUUGCUUCCACAAGAAAGAAAUAUAUAAUUCCAACAAUAAUUUGUCUUAGCAUGGCGAAUUGCGUGAAGUGCGUGCGUUACGUGGAACAGAUGCAAUGAACACGUAGCGCAAUGUUUCCCUUCAUGUUACGUUAGAGCAGUCUGUAGCCGACAUGACGUUUUCUUUUCAUCACAACCCUUCUUUUUCCCUGCUAAAGAUAAGUUAAAGUAAUAAAAGCAUCAUAUUCUCUGUUUGCCAGAUCGGAAUAUUUCUUUUUCUGAUUUAGUGGCUUUUCCCGUUGAUUAUUUAGUAUUUGAUAAUUAGCCUGUCUCUUACAACUGAAAUGUAUGUUUAUUUUUCUUUUACAUUUAUUUGCGAUUGUGCUAUAUUGCAUUGUAUUAUUUUCUAUUGGUUCUAUUGAGAAAUGUCUAUUUUAUGUAUAAACAUUUCGUAUUUGAUUUAUUUUUAAUUUAUCUGGUGACCAGAGAAUAUAAUCAGUAAGUUCUAAAUUUUGAUGAAACGAAAACAGCAAUAUUAAUAUGCCUAGGAAUAAAGCAACUAUAGUGUUCCAUAAUACGUACCUUAUGUGCUUUUUACGGGAGACCGCAACAAUAGUCUGUAAAAGAACCUCUGGUGAUGAAGCACCAAUAAGUUAAUUUAAGCAAUAAUCUAAUCAUGUAUAAUAUUUUUGGGUACCAGCAUAUUUAUAUUAUAACAAAGAAUAGAUACUGUACUUUGAUAUUCAAACGGAGUUGAGUUCAAAGAAAGAUGUUGAAAUAUUAUAUUUAAUAUUACGUAUAUCUCUUUGUUUUCAUUUAUAGAGACGGCUAAUUUUGAACUGAUAAAAGUAAUUUAAAUGUAUAAAUAAAAAGAAAAAAUAUAAAAAAAUACCAUAUAGAAAAUUUGCUUUGGUUCAUUUAUGUUGUUUCAUCUUACAUUGAUUUCUAUCCUACACACAUAACUACCCUAUUUGUUAUAAGUACCCCAUAAAUUUCUGGACGCACUCGAUAUUAGUACAUUUUCUUUACAUUAUAACUUUUUGAUUUUAAUAGAUAUUUUAUUGUUUAGUUUUAAUUAUGCUAUUAUAGUAUCUCAGUUGGCAGUGACGAUUGUCUCAAAUCUGUCGUGAAGUAGGCGGCGCGGGCCGCUCCAUACGCCGGACAUGCGCCUCCCUUGACGCGCGUCCUUCAGUUUAUUAGGUCCGCUGCUGAGGUUAUUUUUAUUAUUAUUAUUAUGUAUGUAUGUUAUGUAAAUAAACUUUUUAUGAAAAACAA